AUGUUAACAAUAGAUAAACCAUUCUUUAAUGUUUUUAGAUCACCAUAUCUAUUAUACGAGAUAUUCAAUCGUGUGUAUUCAAAAGAAUGUAACUUGACAGACGAGAGAGAUAUUUAUAUGGAUGAUGGAAAGAAACGUAUAAGAAAAGGAAAGUAUCUGAUAAAGUUGGUACGUCUUGGUAGGGUCGCUCAAUAUGCACUACCAUGGGACUUUAUAAAACAUUAUCUACCGACUGAUAAAGAUAGUGUAUUAUUGCAAAGAAGAGUACAAGAGAUCACUGAUUAUUGUUCACAUGGAAAAGCAACAUUUGAUACAUUCCUACGUCUCUUGGAAUGGUCACCAGAUUACGAUCCAACACUUUACAAAGGUUAUAUUAGCCAAGUUAUUGGAACCCUUAUACAGAAUGGAAAGCACGAUAUCUUUGAGUACUUUGUCAACAACUACCCAAAUAUUAGUUACAAGCGAUCACAAAGUAUUGCUGCGUAUCAGGGAAAUCUAUCGAUUCUAAAGGUUAUGGAUUCACCUGCUGCCGUUGGAAUAGAUUUUAGUGGUCAACAUAAUGGUAGUGAUUGUGAUGGUAUAGACUUGAAUGAUCCCGCACGAGGAGGGCAUUUUGAAGUUGUAGAGUAUUUGCACAAUCGUGGCCCUUUAAAAGCUGACCAGGCAAUUGACAAUGCUGCCUAUGUAUCUUUAGAUAUAGUAAAGUUUUUACAUUUUAAUAGAACUGAAGGAGCUACAACCGAUGCAAUGGAUAAUGCAGCGGAGAAUGGUCAUCUUGAGAUUGUCAAGUUUCUACAUGAAAAUAGAAGUGAAGGAUGCACAACCCAAGCUAUGGAUGGAGCCUCUAUGAAUGGACAUUUUGAGAUUGUAAAGGCAAGUAAAAGCGUUGGUUGGUUGGUUGGUCAAACGGAAGGAUGCACAACCAAAGCUAUAGAUUAUGCAGCUUCAUUGGAAAUCAUUCAAUUCCUUUUUAACAAUCGCUCAGAAGGAUGUACACAAAAGGCAAUAAACAUUUCUUCUUGGCGUGGCAAUCUAGAUGCCGUAAAAUUCCUUCAUCACCAUCGCUCAGAGGGAUGUACAAAAAAGGCAAUUUAUUUGGCAGCAAUGGAAAAUCAUAUGGAUGUUGUAAAGUAUCUUUAUGAGAAUAGGACUGAAGGAUGUUCUGAAGAUAUUAUAGAUCGACUUUGUAAACAAGAGAAUCAAAAAAAAAUUAGAUUGGACAUAAUAAUGUACCUCUAUGAAAAAUUCAACGUACAAUGUACAAAUCUUGGAGUAAAUCGAGCCAUAAAGAAAAAGAGAUUGGAUAUCUUUGAAUAUUUUUUAAAAAGACAUCCAUCAUCACCUGAUAUUUGGACCCAAAAAUUAAUAGAUACAGCACUUGGAAUGAGAAAUUUAAACAUUUUAAAGCUUUUACUUGAAAAUCACCCUCAUCUAAAUAGUUUUGAAGGAAUAGAUAAAGCCUCAGAGUUGGGAAGUCUUGAUAUUGUACAAUACCUACACAAAACCAGAACAGAGGGAUGCACAACACGGGCAAUCUAUAAAGCCUGCCAAAAUGGUCAUUUAGAGAUUGUAAAGGCAAAAUUUCUUCAUAAACACAGAACUGAAGGAUGCACAACAGCCAGUAUUUACGGGAUUUUCUCCGACUACAAUACCACAAAAUACAUCUUGGACAACAAACUGAUUGCCAAAGAUUUAAUCGAGCCAAAAUAUAUCGAUCCACACAAUUUCGAAGUGGCCCAACUUGUAAAUCAAUAUUUAAAUAAUGAUAAUGAUGAUGAUGAUGAAAAUCAAUCAUUAUAG